UUGGCACCUGCAAAACCAAGACAUCAACCUCGGGUAUCACCAGCAGAUGUCAAACUUUUAAAUGGAUUAUAUGUUAUCAAAAUAGACGAUGAAACAUAUAGCAAUGUUCCACAAGAGAUAGUAGACGAAUAUAACUUAAAUAUGGAAGAGCAGACAUCAAAUCAUUGCAUUAGGACACUCCCAAAUGUAGUAGCUUUCUUGAAAAAAUCACUUGAUCAAAGUUUAGAUGAUUUACCAAGACACGUGUGGACCCAUGGAUAUGACCCCAACUUGAAUGAUGAAGAAACAACAAUGAUCAAGUUGGUCAGAUUUAUUUUGACAGAUUAUGUCUCCAAUUGCGAAAAAAGACCAAUGCUUGUACCAAACAAUGAGAGAACACCAUUUGUUGAGCAUGUAGUCCCAAUAUUCAAGUAUUUUGCCUCUACGACAAAACUAUUGUCUUUUUUAUGGUGCGAAAAGGGUCUUGAAUCCUCUAAAAUACUUGCCAUAUGUAUGCCCAAUGGUGUGACAAAAAAAUUAAUGGAUGGAAUCGGGAUUGCACCUAUAGAUGGAAUGGAAGAAGUAUUGGUUGAAUCAUCUGGGUAUGGAAGUCAUUAA